AUGUCAGACCACCUUGAUUACAAAGAACUUUUUUUGAGGGUGGAGGAAGAAAGAAGACAGGCAGUGGAGGAAAAGCAACAGGCAGAGGAACGCGAAAGACAGGCAGUGGAGGAAAAGAGACAAGCAUUGGAGGAAAAGAGACAGGCAGUGGAGGAAAAGAGACAGGCAGAGGAACGCGAAAGACAGGCAGUGGAGGAAAAGAGACAGGAACAAGAGCGGAACCAACAAACCACCUUCAAAGAAUUUGUCCAGAACUGUCAUGACCUGCUCUCAGAGCCAUUGAGAGUCGGAAAACCCAGCGACUCUACAAAAGGCAAAAUACCAGCCCCAACUGGAAAAUACUGCCCGCUAUAUCUGAAAAAAUGGACAAACUGCCCAACCAUUCAGCAAGACGUUUACAACUCUAUCUGCCGCUACCUCCAGCCAGACCAGAGUGAUGCACCACGGCUGUUCACACCUAUUCCUGACAUAACCCGACUUGCCCAGAGGCUUAAAACGCCCAUCUGCAGCGAAAACGACCUUGAAUACUAUGAGCGACUGGCUGUGGAGGACCAUGUGCGUAUGAUCAUUUCAGAGCUCUGCAAGAUUCCUCAGGCCCGGGAGGAAUUUCAGCUGAGAGAUGGGGUGCAGUUUGAAAGCCAGGCUCACACGCUUGAUGAGGAGGACACGACGCAACUCAGUUCGCCGCAUGGCAAUCCUGAUCAGUACUGCAUUCAACGAGUUGAGGGAAACACAAAGAUCUUGAUCACCACUGUUGAAUACAAACCACCGCAUAAACUGCCCUAUGAGAUCCUUAAAUUGGCGCUCAACCCGGACCCUGAUGAAGACUGUCCCAUUGACUUCUAUAAAGACAUUGUCGAAUCAAACUCAACCCCUACUGAUGAUCCAGCGAAAUCUAGAUUCAAAGCCAUGCGGCUUGUUGGCUCGGCGAUUGCGCAGGAAUAUCAUGUGAUGAUACAGGAAGGGCUGGAAUAUUCAUAUUUGACAACAGGGGUGGGGCACGUGCAGCUGUGGGUCCCCUUUGAUGACCCAGAGACUCUGUACUAUGAUUUCAGUCAACCUGGCAUGGACGUUGGUUCUGAAGGCUCAACAGGACCAGAGACCGAAAUUGAAAAGGUGUUGUGUUUUUGCCUGAUGAGCUGUUGUUCUCACAUUCGCGACCAUACUUGGCGGAACAAUGCGCGGGACCGGCUGCCAACUUGGGAGACCAGUUUCAGCCACGCACGAUCCCAGAUUUCCUUUGCUGAACGCCAUCAGAACCCUCCAGAUUCGGACUAUACUAGCUCUGAAGCUGUUGAAGGGAGUAUCUCUGAAUUCCAGCCUUCAUCUUCUCCAGCCCCAGCCAUCCCAGAUCGACAGAUACCAACACGGUCCCGGUCAGGCUGUGCCCCACCCAGGGUCCUUCACCGUGAAUCGCCGGAUGAUGCUGAUUCUGAUCCAAAUCCAGAUCCUGAUCCUGCUACACGAAAACGGGGCUUCAGCCAGAUCACAUCUUCCCCUCCAACCCAGCAGCCAAGUUCAGGUCUCAGAACAAACCAGACCAGUAGCUAUGGAGGCCGGUCUCGGCCUCAUAUCAAUAGAUUUUGCACACAACAUUGUCUCUUGGGUCUACAGCAGGGCGGCAUCCUCGACAGCCGCUGCCCCAAUGUGGAGAUCCAUCGUGCCGGGAUGAACGAUGACAGACACCUGAUCAGUGCAGAAGCAUUGGUGCUGAUGGUCAAACAACAACUGGACAAGAAUCUGGAUGAAUAUUGCACACCAAUGGGAGGAUGUGGUUCAUAUGGGGCGCCGUUCAAAGUCACCUGCACCCAAUAUGGAUACACUAUGGUCGGUAAAGGAACAACAUCAAGGCUAUGGAAAGAGGUGUCGCAGGAGGCAGAUGUCUACCGUAUUCUGCAGCCUCUGCAAGGAUCAGCAGUUCCUGUGUUCCUAGGCAAGAUAGACUUAAAACUAGUAUACUUUCUUCAUGGUGCGGGAGACAUUCGACACAUGCUCCUCAUGGGCUGGGGUGGUGAGAGUGUUCAGAAGAAGCAAGAUGAAACCGUCCAAUCCGCCAUCUCUCAAUCGGUAAGUGAAAUCCAGUCACUUGGUGUCCAGCAUGGGGACCUUCGGCCACCAAACAUACUCUGGAAUCAGGAACUGAACCGGGCUCUGAUCAUUGACUUCCACCGAUGCACUCUGGAUAACAUACCGAAGAGAUUGCAGCCUCGGAAGAGACAAUAUAAGAUUGAAGAUCGGCCAUACAAACGUAUCCGUCUACCCUGA